UUUCUGUUUUUACCGAUUUAAGUCGCCAUUUUUUUUUACUGAACUAUUCAAAUUUUUCGUUAAUGUAUUUUGUGAAGAAACAUUGACAGUAAUAAUUAAUUUAAUUAUUAAACAAACAUAUUUGUAAAUUAUACAUAAUUAUUAUGGAACCAAUGACUUUAGGCUCACCACUGGGUAGUCCGGUCCAAUCUCCUGGUAGUCCAAGUGCUAAUUCUGCCUAUCUUCCAAGUUUUCUUUUGGGGGAAGCUAAUACACCUGCAAGAUUGGGUAUUUCUAACACUGAUUCACCAAGAUACUCAAAUUUAAUUCCAUCAAAUUUACCAUCACCAAUCCCUCACUAUUCGUCACCAGAUUAUCGCCAAAAUCGACAAAAAGCAAUGUUUGCCAAUGUUACUAAUCCUGGAACUCCCGGAAGAAUCGGUAAUGAAAAUCAGGUCGGAGGACCUCCUACGCGAGGUCUUUUUGAUACCUUAGAGACUGCUGAAACAUCAGGAACUUGUGCGGUAGCAGAAAACAGAAGUUUAUCUCGUAAUCAAGGUAGAAAUAAUUUAAAUAAUGUCAAUGAAUUAUUUUUUUUGGAAAACAAUCCAAACAUCGGAAAUACUGAACCAUCUCAAGGACUUUUAAGAUGGAUAACAGUUUUUGGAUUUCCUGCUGAUGCUUUAAAUACUGUUUUAUCACACAUAUCGAAUAGAGUUCGUAUAGUUGACAAACAUCCUGCACCACAUUCACAAAGUAAUUGGAUUCAUUUAAAAUGUGCAACAGAACAAGAAGCUCAACGAGCUUUAACGUGUAAUGGAAAUAUUGUGUCAGGAUCAAUCAUGAUUGGAGUUACGCCUUGUAUGGAUGAAGGUGUUAUAUUAAGUUCAGAUAAAGAGAGUCGAAAUAAAAUGAAUGGAAGUAUGAGAAUCUUUUCAUCACCAACGAAGUUAAAUCAAAGUGUAGAUACUAAUAGUUUAACUCGUACUCCAAAAAUUCCCAAUGCUCGACCAUUAGCCUCUGGCUACAGCCAACAAUUAAGCUCACAAUCAGUUCGAUCGCCGGAAAAUGUUCCUCAAAAAUCAACGGGGUUAGUUUCGAAAGCGAUGGAAUUCGUUUUUGGUUGGUAACAAAUCCACAGUAAUUUUUAUUAUACAUUUUCAUUGAAUUAUCAUUAAUUUUAUGUGGACAAUCCUAUUGAUUCAAUUCUAAGAGUUAGGAACUAAGUAAUCAGUUUUGUACAAUCUUUCUCUCUAGAAAAAUUAUUUGAGGUAAAAAAUUUACAAUAAUUUUAGAAGUUGUCUAGUUUCAAAAAGUGAAUUUUUUUAUAACUUUAAAUGUAAUUAUUUACAGCUUAGUAUUGUUGAUCGAAUAAUAUGAAA